AGUACCAACAUGAUUUAGGCUCUUCUGUAGUCUGCUUUAACGGAGGGGGAAUGGGUAGGCUUGUGGUGCCCGCUAUUUUGGAAGAGAAGAUUUUCUUCCGUUUGAACCAGUAGUACUGUACAGAAAUGCUAAUACAUCUGAUGGGGUAAAGAUAAAACAUUCAAAAAGAAAAGCAACAAUCUGGAUUCUAGAGGGCCGGAGAGAACGUAGGGAUGCUCGAGCGUUGUCACAGCGACACAACUUGCAACUUGGACAUUGUGCACGCGCCCCGCCGAGAGGCAACGUGAGCGAGCUAAAGAAGCAAUCGCACAAGCGCAGCAUCUUUUCGGUGCAUGGCUAUAACGGGUCGGAGGGGAAUAACGGAAAACCACCGCUAUUACCCAGAGACGAAGCAGGCAAGCACCACCAUGAUUCAAAUCGUCCUCGCUAUUUAAACUGUCGUUUGAGCUAUCCUCUCCACCCGCAAAAGGCAAGCGGGGAUGUUUUUUGGGGGUUGAAAAUCAACCUGCUUGCAAAAUCACUGUUGCCAAUGUAUGUAGACGAGGAAUUAGACUAGAUAUAAUUUCAUUGUCAGAAAAUGAGUUAUAAAGAUAUAUAUAGAGACUCGACAGAUGAAAAUCCAAAGCUGGAAGAAUGAUUCCAAAAUCAGUCUACAUGCCUCCAUCUCGUGUGUAAUGCGCCUCACGCAGCAAUAGGCUUUAUUUGUUGGUAGCCUUUUCCUUUCGUCGUUGUCUCCCUGUCCCUCAUCAGAAUGUGGUAGUCCGGUCAAUCUGCCGGGAUUGAGCGGGUGUUGUCGGUAAACAGAACCAGGGAAGCUUUCUAAAACCGUCUCCUUCUCCAAAGGACUAUGCUUCAAUAUUUCCCUAUCUAGAGGAACGGCGUGACAGCGAUCUGGAAGUCAAAGAGGAUCCCUUUUGAAAAACCCCCUUGGAAUCUUGCUACCCUUUAUACUACAUAACAGGGUCCGUUUGUGACGGCGACAGUUGACCAGGAACUGUGACGGCAGACCUCGACCGUGAUGAGGACCGUACAGGAGGAUGGAACGUAACAGAGUUCUGACCGUGGAACCGUUCUCGACAGCGACCGUAGAACACCAACACUGACCACAACCACACCUUCUAAAGACCGCCCGGUCUCCCCCUAACCCCCAACCUCUCCCGCCCCCCUGUAUUACACUGCACUACCCGCGCCACUCCACUCCUCAUCCACCCAUCCUCCUGUACUCCCUCCCUCGCUCCAGACCUCCAGCCUUUCGGAGGGUUCACUUUUUAUUUCAUUAACACUCUCAACUACCCCUUCUCUCGUAUUCUCUUUCUAUUCCCUUUCUCUCCAAUAUUCUAUAUCUUCAUGAACAUUGAGUCCUCUUUGGAACCCUAACAUAGACGGACGAAUAUCGUUGAGUUGGAGGUGGAGUCUAUAGCUAUCAGUCAUGUAUCUUUUCCCUCUAUCCCUGUGUAAGCCAAAUGGGCGGGGUCUCAGCGUUAGUCCCCGCCCCCGCUGCAACAUGUCCGACACCUGUCUAGUCUGGCUGUUGGGCCUGGCUCUCCGCCUCUCUCUGACCUCCUGCCAGAAGAUAGACCCAGCCAACAAGCUGCCCACGGUGACCACCAACUAUGGCAAGCUGCGCGGGCUCAAAAAGGACCUGAACAACGAGAUCUUGGGGCCAGUGGAGCAGUACCUGGGCGUGCCCUACGCCACCGCGCCCAUCGGCGACCGCCGCUUUCAGCCACCCGAGGCUCCGGGCUCUUGGCAGGAGAUCCGCAACGCCACAGCAUUCGCCCCGGUAUGCCCGCAGAACGUGCAUGGCGUGCUGCCGGAGAUCAUGCUGCCGGUGUGGUUCACCGACAACCUGGAUGUGGCGGCCAGCUACAUCCAGAACCAGAGCGAGGACUGCCUCUACCUCAACGUCUACGUGCCCACCGAGGACGGUCCGCUCACAAAAAAACACCAUGAGUCUACAAUGAACAGACCGAGAGAUGAAGACAUCCGUGACCGCAGGAAGAAGCCGGUGAUGCUGUUCAUUCACGGCGGCUCCUACAUGGAAGGAACCGGAAACAUGUUUGACGCCAGCGUCCUCGCCGCCUAUGGCAACGUCAUCGUGGUCUCUAUGAACUACCGUCUGGGCGUGCUCGGUUUCCUGAGUACAGGGGACCAGUCAGCCAAGGGGAACUACGGUCUGCUGGACCAGAUCCAGGCUCUGCGUUGGCUCAAUGAGAACAUCGGCCAUUUUGGGGGCGACCCCGAGCGCAUCACCAUCUUCGGCUCUGGCGCCGGGGCUUCCUGCGUCAACCUCCUCAUCCUCUCGCACCACUCCGAGGGUAAGGGGCACACUGGGUUGUUCCAGAGGGCCAUAGCCCAGAGUGGCUCAGCCAUCUCCAGCUGGUCGGUCAACUACCAGCCCCUCAAGUACACCAAGAUCCUGGCCCGGAAGGUAGGCUGCAGCCACUCAGAGACGGCAGAGUUGGUGGACUGCCUGAGGAAGAAGAACUUCAGGGAGCUGGUGGAUCAGGACAUCCAGCCGGCCCGCUACCACAUCGCCUUCGGACCCGUAGUGGACGGAGACGUGGUGCCGGACGACCCUGAGAUACUCAUGCAGCAGGGGGAGUUCCUGAACUAUGACAUCCUGAUUGGAGUGAACCAGGGAGAGGGGCUGAAGUUUGUAGAUGACAGUGAAGACAAUGAUGGGAUCUCAGCUGCAGCGUUCGACUACACCAUCUCUAACUUUGUGGACAAUCUCUAUGGAUAUCCUGAGGGUAAGGACAUCCUGAGAGAGACCAUUAAGUUCAUGUACACUGACUGGGCCGACCGUGACAACGGAGACAUGAGGAGAAAAACCCUCCUCGCCCUGUUCACGGACCACCAGUGGGUGGCGCCGGCGGUGGCCACGGCCAAACUGCACGCCGAGUUCCAAUCUCCCGUUUACUUCUACACCUUCUACCACCACUGUCAGACGGAGACGCGGCCGGAGUGGGCGGACGCAGCCCACGGGGAUGAGAUCCCCUACGUGUUCGGGGUUCCCAUGAUCGGAGCCACCGACCUGUUCCCCUGCAACUUCUCUAAGAAUGAUGUCAUGCUCAGUGCUGUAGUCAUGACGUACUGGACAAACUUUGCUAAGACGGGGGACCCCAACCUGCCGGUGCCUCAGGACACCAAGUUCAUCCACACCAAGCCCAACCGCUUCGAGGAGGUCAUCUGGACCAAGUUCAACUCCAAGGACAAGCAGUACCUCCACAUCGGUCUGAAGCCCCGCGUCAGGGACAACUACCGAGCCAACAAGGUGGCCUUCUGGCUGGAGCUGGUCCCUCACCUACAUUCCCUCCAUGAUGAAUUCCCCCCCACCACCAGGCUACCUCCAGGCAGCACCCGCCCCCCCGGGGUCCCCUGGAAGCCCAAACCCCGCACCACAGGCCACCCCUACCCCACAUUCCCUGACCCCGUGGAGCCCUACGGAUCAGAGCGGCCCAGACUGGACCUCUUCCCCGGUGACACACGGGAUUAUUCCACAGAGCUGUCGGUGACAGUGGCGGUGGGGGCGUCGCUACUCUUCCUCAACAUCCUGGCGUUCGCCGCGCUCUACUACAAGCGGGACAAGCGGCAGGAGGGGCGGCGCCACCGGCUCUCCCCGCAGCGCCACGGCGGGCCCUCCAACGACCUGGCGCACAGCCAGGAGGAAGAGAUCAUGUCCCUGCAGAUGAAGCACUCGGAGCAUGACCCGCACCACGACAUGGAGCCGCUCCGGCCCCACGACAUCCUGCGGCCCGCCUGCCCGCCCGACUACACUCUGGCCCUGCGGAGGGCCCCGGACGAUGUGCCCCUCAUGACCCCCAACACCAUCACUAUGAUCCCCAGCACCAUCACCGGCAUGCAGCCCCUCCACCCCUUCAAUACCUUCCCCAGCACCGGCCACAACAACACCCUGCCCCACCCCCACUCCACCACACGCGUAUAGUAAAGCUAGAGCUCCCCCUGGGGGACCGGUGGACCAACUACUACGCUCUCUGGCUCCCUGUAUAUGGAUAUCUCUCUCUCUCUUACUCUCUGUUUCUCCAACCGUCAGCCUGCUGCCCUGAUGCUGUGUACUUCCUACAGUGCCACCUGUUGAGGUUAAGUGGAAGUGCAGCUGAACUGCAGGGGCAGCAGAUGUUAAGGGGGAACAUUGAGACAUUUAGAAACUAUUUUGAUGGGGUCUCGUAUUCUCUGACUCUGACAGCCCCUAGACCUUGCCAGAGAACAAUGCUUUUCUGUGCUUUUCAUUUUGUUGAUUUUACAUCCCCCUUUUUAUCCCCCGUUUCUGUGCCGUAAUAGGGUUGGAGAUAGUUUUUUGGGGUGUUGGGUAAGUGACCUCUGAUAUAUUGGAAAACCUCUAUCUCUCUACUCAUGUCAUCUGCUUACUUGAUAUAGUGUUUUCUCUUUUCUACAUCCAUCUCUUUCCCUCUGUAGUUCUAAACCCCCCCCCCUCAAAUGAACCCCUCAGCCCACCCUUAGGAAUUGUUGGGAGUCGUUUUCAUACAAGGCGUACAGUACAUACAGUUAGCAUCUAUCAUGAAAAUAUUGAUAUUCUGAUAUCGUCUUUCUACCAGCAUUCUUGGUGCCAAGUACUGUGUUGUUUUCCCAUCGGAGGGAACUGAGAGAGAAUCAAGAGUGUGGAGCUGUAUCAAGAUAGCCUACUGACUGUGUUCAUGAAAAGUGCCAAUUUGGCCUAUCUUGUGUGCUUUUUUCUUUGAUUGUUUGAUUGUUGCUUUCAGUUCUUUUUUUUUUUGUGGAAAGAAGUUUAAGUGUAUAGAUAUAUAGUUAUAUAUAAAUGUGUACAAAGAAGAAGAUAUAUAAAUGGCUUUCUCAGUGGGGGAUCUAUGCAUGAAUUAUUUUUUUAAAUGAUGAUGGGGGAAGGACACUGGAUCGUCAAUGUUUCCACACUUCUCCUGUUUUAAACCAUUUCUAUCUCUAUUUCAUAUGCUUUUUCUUCCUAUUUUAUUCUUCAAAAAAAAAAAAAAAUGGAGGCAAUUAAAAAAAACUGCACGGAUGCUUCUUUGAUUUGCACAAUUAUCCUUUACAACAAGAAGAACCUGACUGGAACAAACAUGAAUAAAAUAAUGAUCAUACACCUUGAAUAUACAACACAUUGCGUAUCAUCACCAUCUCCCAUGUUCAUUGCUUACUGUCUACUAAUGCACUAUAGACCACAUGCUACCCCAACCAAAUCAACUACCCCAGUAAAUCAAAACAACCGUUACUCUUUACAACACAUUUCAUAUAAAGCAGGUGCAAACCAAUGCGACCACAUAUCAGUCACACAGAGACCCCUCUCUCCCUGCUCUGCUAUCAUCAGGCCAGGGCCCCUGAGGGCCCCUCUUAUGUAAUGUGAGAUAUUGGUGCCACUCUAGCAGCUCUGUCUUUGUCUCGUAAUAACCAGGCCAUCCACUGAGCCCUGGGCCCCUGUCUCUCUGUGAGUCAUUAUGGCAGGCAUGGAAGCCAUAAUCUGCCACUGAAAUGGCAUCCUAUUCCCUAGUGCACUAAUUCUGGCCAGUCAGGCAAAAAGUAGUGCCUUAUAGGCAUUAGUGUGUUGUUUUGGACACAUUUCUAGAGGUAUUGGUGUCCAUUAUAAUCUGUUCAAAAGAAGUGUACUAUGUAGGGGAUAGGGUGCCCUAGAGGUAUUGGUGUCCAUUAUGCUCUGGUCAAAAGAAGUGUACUAUGUAGGGGAAAGGGUGCUGCAGGUAGAGAUAUUGAAGGUACAUACAGUAUUCAAGUCUUGGAGGCUCAUAGAAUGUUACUUUCCUAAUUCUGUUAGUAGAAAGGAAAGAAAAGGAUGGGCAGUUCUCACUCUCCCUCCUUCUUCCACACAUUCUGUCCUAUCUUCACCUCUAUUUCCAGCACAUGCAUAUUCUGUUUGAUAUGGGCGUGCGUGGGUGGGUGGGUGUGUGUGAGUGUAUGUGCGUGGGUGUGUGUGUGUGUGUGUGUGUGUGUGUGUGUGUGUGUGUGUGUGUGUGUGGGUGUGUGUGUACGUACGUACAUGUCAGCACAGCUUCACCGGGGCAUGGGUAAUUAGAGUGCAUGGAGAAUGAUGGAGGGAGACAGAGAGGGAGGGAGACAGAGAGGGAGAGAGGAGAGAGUGAAUGAGAGAGACAGACGUCUCAACUCAGAGGCUCAUCCCCAUGAUGCGAACCGUAGUCCAAAAUAACAUUUCUCCAACUGCUUACACACACACAUUCUAUUUUCCCUAUCCCUUUCUCCUUUCCUCCACCAGUAAACACCAACAUUUAACUAACUAGGCAUAGUAGAUACAUGAAUGUGAAGAGUUGAGUAGAACUCACAUACUUUUAAACUCAUAACUUUGCUGUGUACAGUCAUUCAAUCCUGCAUCUCCUGACCCUUAAUCCCUGACCCCUCACCCUGCUGACUCUGUUGCUCCCACAACCCCUUAGCUCUACCGCUGUAUAUGUAACUCUAAGCACACUGAGCAAGACUGGGGGUCUGUCAGCCAGGCCAUGGUCUUUGAUAACAAAGCUGGGAGAGGACCUUAGACCAAGAGGCAACAAAGUGAUCAGUUGUUGCUGGGUUUUAGUUUUUCUUUCUUUUUUUAACAGGGAAAAACACAUAAAAGUCGAGGGAAAGUCUAUAGAGAACGUCCCCAACUGCAAUGCUCUAAUAUGGCCAGUAGAGGGGGCCGACGGGUUAAUAUGAUUAAUCCCACUGAACAAAACUGUAGAGCUGUGAGUGUGAACCCACAGUGCACUGUAUCCUCUAUGGGAAACCGUUGGCGACCAUGUUGUGUCUGUGCUUGUGUUUAGCUUCAGACUUUUCUUUGGUUUCUAUUUCAUUAAUACUUGAGGAUUAUGGAAGUUGCGGGGAGAAUGUGAGAGAACACAGUGGUAGAGUCAGACUGUGUUAGCCUACUGAGAGAGACAGUGUGUGGUGGGGAAAUGAUCAGCUGCACAAUAUACUGUAACAUAGACUGGACUGGGGUUGUGGUCAGUGGGAGCAAGAGAAGACUUAACACAAGCUGUGUUCUUGGACUAGAAGAAGAAACCUGGGAGAGAGACUCAAAGCAUCCAAGUCAUCUUCACAACCUUAAACAAAGGGGAAAGGUUGUGAGAUGUAAAUGGUCAACUGGGACAGUGGACAGACUUAUUUCAUCGAUGGGAGGGAUCAGAGUCUGUCCUAUGAAGAGUCGCUGUGCCAUUAUAUCCUAGUGAACUAUUUUAUACUUAUGGUUUACACACGAGAGGGUGCCAUGGUGACAUGGUGACACACAAUCACCACAACAACGUACCUGUCAUUCUCUGAACAUUCGGAAUGUGGAGGAAUACAUUGUUGCGUGACAUAGAGACACGUCAAAAAAGAGGAGCAAAACUGUACAUUUUUAAGUGUAAGAACAAACAAACAGGCAGAAAUAUUUGUAAAUAUAAAGGUUUCUUGUUUGUUUUUUCGAGUGAAUGAAAUGACUUUGUGACAACACCAGAGACAACAGGUGCAAGUUGAUAAGGGGCCACCAGCUAGUAUUGUACCUUCACUGUACACCAUUUGAAUAUGUUCAGAUUCUAAUUCUAUUCGGCCCCGUGUUGUCAGUGCAGGAUGUAACCAAGUUGUGCAGAAGUGGGCAGAAAAUGGACAUGCAGAACAAAGUCAUAGAGUUGUCUAUGUUGCAUCUUGACUGCUCAAACCUGUGAAAGCACUAAGCAAACACUGUAGCAGGGCUCCUGACGCAUUCUUACCCUGUGCUGGUGUUUAUAUGGUCUCUCUCCCACAUUCAAAUGGGACAAUGAUAACUGCAGGCCUUUGUUAGCUGUCUACCACACCAGCAUAUCUGUAUGAUGAUGCAGGAUACCUUAAAGACGGAAUCUGUCGUUCCCACUUCCCCCUAUGGCAACUACAAUGCAGGGACACUUUUAGCGGAAAUUAAAGUCACAGAGUGCACCUUUAAAAACAACCUUGUGACUUCUGGAAUCCGGAUAUUCACUCCCUGUUGACUUCCGUAUUGUAGCGUAGCCCCAAAAUCACAGGGGGAUAGAGAAACGAGGGCUUUAUGUAACCUAAGAUGCCUCUGAUCUAGCCUAGUCCCAGAUCUGCUUUUGCCCUCUUACCAACUAAUACGGUCAUCGUCACGACUAGGAGUUGACUAGACAGAACAAACAGAUCUGGGAGCAGGCUCUUCUCCUCAUGGGAAAUCACAUACUGCGGGUGGGUCACAUGUCCCCCUGUAUACACUGUGUUACGUACAAUGUGUGUAGGUGUCCUGUUCAUGUAGGUUGUGCUCCAUGACCUCAUCAUAAGCUAUUGCUACAGCUACGCUUGCCUUCCAGGUGGAGAGGUGUGGUGGGAAUGAGUUGCUUUAGCCACUGCACUCCUAGUGGCCAGGCGGUUGAACUACAUUACAAGACAUGCAUAGGUAUGGACCUGGAAGUGAGUGUAUAAGUGAGAGCAUGUGUUAGGAUUGCUAAUGUGUUGUGUAUGCGUUAGGUGUGUACUCCAUUUUGUUGUAGCCUUGGUUUGGACUGACACAGAGGGAGCAGAUAUCUAGUGUUAGUUUAAGAUGACUUUCAAACAAUUGAACUGACCCCCCAAAAAAAUCCAUAUUGGAUUUUAAUGUAUUAUUCCUCGCACUCAGACCACGAUGAGAGUCAUUAUUUUUGGUCCUAAACCAAUUUUGUUGACGGUGUGUUGAUUGUCAAUGAUAAAUCAGUUGUUAAAUGAUUAUAAAGCAGUUAUCAUAGUUUUAUAGAUUUGCCAGAGCGGUGCUCUGUUGGAAAGACAGCUGAAAUAAAAGGGGCAGUACGUAACAAUGUUUCAUGUAGGUGAACUUCCUGCCUUGCUUGUGACUACGUUCAUGGUUGACCUUCAAAACAAAGAAAGGUUUGUGUAUGUUCUGGUCGAUGUACCUGAGUCCAGGUACACUGAAGCACAUGGCCAAUAACCCUGGGAAACAUUCGGAGUUGGGUGUCAGUUCGACCUGCAUAGCAACAUUUGCACCUGUUGUCUUCUUUUACAUUUCUUUAUUGAAUUAAGAAACCCAAGACUUGAGAUGAAGAAAACAUGUUCAAAAUUCAUUUAAAAAAAGAUCAUUAUUAAACAGGUCAAAUCAAAGUAUAUAAACAAGGUGAUGAUAUUUCUGUUUAGUUAUGACACUGUAUGCUGUGAUUCUGAUGCGGGGCGCAUAAAGACGUCCAUAGCCAGGC